AUGAGAUUAAUCUUAACCUUUGCGAUUUUGUUUGGUCUUUGCAAUGAAGCCUACGGGAAAGCUUCUAUAGAUAUAGAUAUGAAACUGAAGGCCCUUAAUAAGCCAGCGUUGAAAACUAUCAAGAGUGAAGAUGGAGACAUUAUAGAUUGUGUAGAUAUCUACAAACAACAUGCUUUUGAUCAUCCGGCCUUAAGAAACCACAAGAUCCAGUUGAAACCAAGCGUGGAGUUUGGUACAACAAAGACCACUAUACCAAACAACGGUACUUCUAAACCAAUCACAUCUCAGAGUUGGACCAAAUCUGGGACUUGUCCCAAAGGGACAAUACCGGAAGCGAUACUAAUCGCUGUUGGGUACAAUUAUGUUGGUGCUCAAUCUGAUAUAAAUGUCUGGAACCCUCCGCGAGUCCAGUAUCACGACUACAGCUCUUCUCAGAUAUGGCUGAUUGCUGGCCUCUCAGAUCAAUUUGAGACCAUAGAAGCUGGCUGGGUGGUGAACCCACACGUUUUUGGAGACUCCCGCACACGCCUGUUCACCUAUUGGACUAAAGACUCAUACGCUACAACAGGCUGCACCAACCUCUUGUGCUCCGGUUUUGUCCAAACAACAACUAGCUUCGCCCUGGGUGCAGCCGUAGAACCCGUUUCAACUCCCUCGAGUGAACAAUAUCACAUCACUGUUAGCAUGUUCCUGGAUCCGAACACCCAAAACUGGUGGUUGACUUGCGGAAACAACGUGUUAGGGUACUGGCCGGGAAAUCUCUUCACAUACUUAAAGCACAGCGCCACGGCAGUGCAGUGGGGUGGAGAAGUGUAUAGCGCUAACGUGAGGAAGAAGCCACACACAAAAACUACAAUGGGAAGUGGAAGAUGGCCAUCUUACCGCUAUGGCGAAGCUUGUUUCCACACCAACGUUAGGAUCAAAGACUAUUCCUUGCAGAUCAAGUAUCCCCCGUAUCUAUCCGAGUACUCUGAUGAGUAUGAUUGUUAUUCUACAAAGCUUAACCGGGAAACGUAUAGGGCAGAGCCCAUGUUCUUCUUUGGAGGACCUGGUCAGAAUCGUUUUUGUCCUUAAACUUUAACCUUUGUAGAGCAG